AUGGUCCGCUCCGCUAGCGUAGAGAUUGGCGAGGCCGCAAAGGGCGAGACCAAGGUCCGCCGCGCCUUCUGCACCCCCGACAAGCUCGUCGAAGGCCCAGCCGCCGACAUUUACACCAUGGCCGAUGUCUUUUCCCACUCCCUCAAGAGGUUCCCCAACCGCCCCGUCAUGGGAUGGCGAGACAUCGUCAACGUGCACCAAGAGGAGAAGGAAAUCACCAAGAAGAAGGACGGAAAGGAGGUCAAGGAGAUGAAGAAGUGGGAGUUCUACGAGCUGAGCGACUACAAGUACCUCACCUACACUGAGCUCGACCAGCGCAUCCAGGACGCCUCGAGCGGUCUGCGCGGCCUCGGGCUGACUAGUGCCACCCGCUUCAACAUCUACGCCAGCACCGGCGUCAACUGGCAGAACAUGGCCCACGCCUGCUUCCGGCAGAGCAUCCCCUUCUGCACGGCGUACGACACGCUGGGCGAGGAGGGACUCCAGCACUCGCUGUCCGAGCCCGACGUGGUCGGCAUCUUUACCAACGCCGACCUGCUGCCGACGCUCGCCAACGUGAUUGACAAGACGCCGACGGUCAAGUACGUCAUCUACGAUGGCCAGGCCAAGGACGAUGUGCUCAAGAAGCUCACCGACAAGCUCGAGGGUCGCGAGGGAACCCAGGUGCUGACGCUCGACGAGCUGCGAAAGCGCGGCAAGGAGAACCCGGCCGAGCCCAACCCGGCCAAGGCCGAGGACGUCGCCUGCAUCAUGUAUACGUCGGGCAGCACGGGCGCGCCCAAGGGCGUCAUCCUGACCCACUCGAAUCUGGUGGCCGCCAUUGGUGGCGUCGAGCAGCUACUCGGCUCCCACCUCAAGCCCGAUGACACCUACAUCGCCUAUCUGCCCCUCGCCCACAUCCUCGAGUUUAUCGUCGAGUGUGCCAUGAUCUACGUCGGCGUGACGAUGGGCUACGCCAAGGUCAAGACGCUGACUCAGGCCAGCGUCCGCAACUGCGACGGCGACAUCAAGGCGUUCAGGCCCAGCAUCAUGGUCGGUGUCCCCGCCGUCUGGGAGCUGAUCCGCAAGGGAAUCGUGGCCAAGGUCAACGCCAGCAGCGUCAAGAAGAGCGUCUUCAACGGCGCCAUGACGAUCAAGCGCAACAAGAUCCCCGUGCUCAGCGGCGUCGCCGACUCGGUCGUCUUCAAGGCGGUCAAGGACCAGACCGGCGGCCGGCUGCGCCUGGCGCUCAGCGGAGGCGCGCCGCUCAGUAAGGAAACGCAGGAGUUCCUCGACAUUGCCCUCGUCCAGCUGCUGCAGGGCUACGGUAUGACCGAGUCGUGCGGCAUGUGCGCCAUCCUUACGCCCGAGUUCAUGCAGUACUCGUCGGUCGGCGUGCCCGUCCCGGCCAUCGAGGUCAAGCUCAAGGACGUGCCUGACGCCGGCUACUUUGCCACCAACAAGCCGCUGCCGCAGGGCGAGAUCCUCAUCCGCGGACCCGCCGUCACCAAGGGCUACUUCAAGCGCGACGACAUCACGCGCGAGACGAUCACCGAGGACGGCUGGCUCAUGACGGGCGACGUCGGACAGUGGAACCAGGACGGCACGCUGAGCAUCAUUGACCGCAAGAAGAACCUGGUCAAGCUGUCGGGCGGCGAGUACAUCGCCAUUGAGCGCCUCGAGUCGACGUACAAGUCGUGCGAGCUGGUGGCCAACAUCUGCGUCCACGCCAACUCGGACGCCAAGCAGCCGAUGGCCGUCAUCUUCCCCAAAGAGGAGACGCUGGGCGCCGCCGUCGAAAAGGCCGGCCUCAAGCGCGGCGAGCUCGACGAAAUGUGCCACGACAAGAAGGUGGCCGAGCUGGUGCUGCGCGAGGUUAACGCCGUCGGCAAGAAGGCCGGCUUCAAGAGCCUCGAGCAGCUCCAGUGCGUCCUCCUCGUCCACGAGGAGCUCAGCAUGACGGCCGCCCAGAAGCUGCAGAGGAAAGACAUCAUCGAGAAGUACAAGGACGAGAUCAAGCGGAUCUACAUGUGA